AUAUAUUUUUCUCUAAAGCUGUGUGUAUUAAACAAAGAUGUUCAAAUUUAGUGGACACAUAAUUUGUAGGUUAGGUUCAAGAAAUGUAUUGAGAAAGUAUUCUGCUCCCGGUGUGACGGUAUUUAAAUCAAAUAAAACUGAUGUAUCUGCCAUUAACCAAGAGGAAAAUCUUACAAAUGCUGUAGGAGAUAAGGAGAAAACAGGACUUGUGGCAGCAGCUUUUGCUUCGCUAAAUGCUCCUGAUGAUGAAACACCUAAAAAGCCAAGUCCAAAAUCUAUCAAGCUUAGCCAUAUGCAGCAGUUGGACAGUCAAAUAGGAAAGGCAGCCGAUGUUAACAGCCUUCUUCUUGUUGCUGAAAAUCCUAUUGUUUCUAGACGGCAUGCACUUAAGAUGGUGUCAGUUCUCUCAGAAUGGUCAAGCAGUAACAAAGUGAAAAUAGCUGAUUUUGAGAAAGAUCCCCGGUUCCUCAAGUUGUGUCGGAUCCUCGCUCGGACUCCCACAUCACAGGCUAUAGGUUCUUUGACCAUGGCAGAAGACCUUAGCACUGUAUUGGGUAUAACUGGGGAUGAUGAAGCAGCACGGCUUAUUGCUAAUCUUGCUUUGCCUCAAAUGAUUAAGGUGAUGAAAGCACUCCAACAGAAAGGGCGCCGUAGUACUCCAUUGCUGCGGGCUCUCUCCUACAACAUCACUAAGCAACCUGAGCCUAUAGACUUGAAGAAAUCAGCCGAUCUCCUAUUCUCUAUGGCUGCUCUUAACUUCCCAGACCCUGUGUUACUGGAUAGGAUCUGCAGUGAUGUGUUAGACUGUUUACCAAAUAACACAGAUAAACCAGCAGUGGUGAACUCUAUACUGGUAUCGUUGGGGUUACUGAGAUACAGGCAUGAGCCAAUAUUGAAUGCUCUAGUGAGUUGGCUAAGCGAAAGGCUGAAGCUGCUGCGACCGUCGGAUAUAGCCUCGGCUAUUUUAACCCUUGCCACCGUCAACUAUAUACCUUUGGACUCUGAAAAUAUUUUUAAGGCAGCCGUAGCGCUGAACGAAGAUGAUAUGGCAAAGGCGUUUUCAUGGCUUGACUUGGUUUUCUCACUGCUGAUAUUUGACAAAGCUGACCAAAAACACUUAGAAUCGACGCUUCGACCAGAGUUUAUUGAAAAACUGCUGUCUGCUGGUGAAAUCACUAUUCCAUCUCGGCGCAAACUGAUGGCUAUCGACGCAUACGUUGGGCAGAAAUACCCUUCAAGUAACAUCCGUCUAGCUGAAGACAUUUCAGUUGGUGUACCAAUCAUGUACACGAGAGAAAAAGCAUUCUACGUCCAGUGCAUCAUGGAGACCUUCAAGAGUUUGAUCUCCGCUGACACUUUCCUGAAGAAGGAGUGUCAAUCUGGAAUGGGAUUUUUGUAUGAUGCUGAGUUUGUAGUGGACUCAAAAUGUCAUCCAGUCCCAUUGAAUAAAGCAGCAGAGAGGAAGGACGUUCACAGGAUAGCGGUGCUGGCGCUGGACUACCACGACAUGUCGCGCAAGGUGCCCGUGCCGCUCGGCGUCAAUGUCCUCUAUAGCCGGCUACUACAACUUAAGGGGUACAAAGUACUCGAGAUUCCAUACACGGAGUUUAACCCGAAAGACAAGCUCGUGGCGCGCGUGCAGUACAUAGAGAAGAGAUUGAAGGAACUCAUCGCUCAGCCCGCGUAGGUCAGGGGCGCAAAACCGGUGGUGCGCCGCUUGACAUUGUAAAGGAUGGAUGAAUUUACUUUUUAUUAGGGUUCCGUACUUAAAAGUAAGAAACGAACCCAUAUAAAAUCCACUAUAUUGCACGCAAAACUUUGCAAAUCGAAGUAUAGACGAAGAAGACGUAAUAUCGAAAUGCAAUUUAGAUACUUUUGUAUAUUUUAACUUGUACUGAAAUAGCAAACUCAAUCCAGAUUAAACUGGCAUCAUUGUCAUUUUGUUACAGCCUUUAAAAAGUAGGUACAUUACUUAAGGAUGCGUUUGCAAAUUUCAUAUAAAUUGACUCUUUUGAUAGAGUAAUGUAAUCAAAAUAUAAUU